AACGUACCUAAAAACAAUGACUGAAUCAUAUAUUGGAAACAACGCUGUUUUAGAAUAUUUUGAAACUCACGAUAGAAAAACAUGGAAUUAUGAACAUUUUUUAAAUGAAUUAAAAGAAAUAAUUAUCAAUUCACCACCAUAUACUGAAGACUGGGGCGGUUUAGAUGGUACAUGGUAUAACAGGUAUAUUUAUCAUGCCAAGGAUAAAGAUAAUAAACGUCGGAAAAUGAAAUCAUUUUUUCAAGAUAUUAUCCUUGAACGUGAAAAGAGAAAUGCGGGGAAAAAUUAUGUAAUAGAAGGCGUCAAAAUUCUUAAUGAAGCAAGGUUUUCCAGUUCCGAUGAAGUUAUUUCCACUAUAAAUAAACAGCAUCUCCAAAUCGAAAAAGUAAAUAAUGAACCACCACGAACUCCCGAACACCAAAUAUAUCAAUCCCAACAAAAUCAACGUCGAACGAGAACUGGAAGAAAAGUAGACGAUUCUUAUGAAUUAGCCUUAUCUGAAGAAGAAGAUGAUUACAACAAAGAUAAUGUAGAAAAUAAUAAUAAUGAUAUGGCGUCUGAUGUAGAAAGCUUUGAUGAAGGCAAAAUGUCUCCAUGCGAAAUUGCUCUGAAAACGUGCAAGCAAAAACGGACGAAAAGAAACGAGCCAGAAAUCGAUAAUGGAACCGAUAGUUUGUACAUAACCGGAUUCAUGAACGCUUCACUAGACCAAAACUUACAUUAUCUGGAGACACUUUGUCAAGAGGUGUACAAUCCAAAAUCUCAAGAAGAGCGGGAGAAUGCAGAGAAAUUAUUAGAUUAUGCCUUUCCCACAUUCUCUGACUCAUCUAGUGCUAGUGCAAGUAACGGCGACACGUCGCCGAUACUUGCAAAUCCACUUGGUGUUCAUAUUCACACGCCGGCAGAGUCAUCUGCUUAUUGCCAAUGGCUGCUAAAGAAUUCCGCGUCGCCAUAUGCCCAGAUGUUUGCAUCAGGAAGGCUAAAGGCUUUAGUGAUGGAUCACUUCUCAAUGUUCACAAUUCAGCAGAAAUUAGAUCUGAGUACGAAUCCUGAUCACCAGCCAUUUGUUAUUUCAUCGCUGGCUCAACUGUUUGCAGCAAUCACCAGAGCCGGAUGGUCUGAGGGAGAUGAGUUCCGGCUCGUCACAAACGAUCUAUCUAAUUUUUUGCAGGCAACUGUCGAUCACAAGAUUGUUGGGCUACAAAUAUUGAGUAUUGUUGUGUCGGAUAUAAAUCAAGCAUCAAUAGCAGGACGAAAUAUAAAUAAAUUACGGAAAACAGCUGUCAGUUUUAGGGAUCAGCAGCUUUUGAAGAUAUUCCAGCUAGGAAUGGCUAAUUUGCGUCAGAUUCUUCAUAGAGAAGUGCCUUACACGAAGUCCAAUCAAGAUUCGAGAAUAAAAGAAGCAUGUCUGACGUUACUUCGUAAUUGUCUGGCAUUUGAUUUCAUUGGCACUAUUCCUGAUGAAUCUGGAGAAGAUAUUGGAAGCAUUCAAGUUCCCAUGUCAUGGCGACAGACUGUCGAAGAACCAACUUUCCUUCAGACUCUGUUUGAUUGCUACAAACAAUUCCAACCACCCCAGUCCAGUCAAGUUAUGGAAGUUCUAGUACAAGUCUCGUCUAUUCGACGGUCUCUAUUCAAUGAGGAUGAACGCUCGAAAUUUUUGUUUACGUUAAUGCAAGGAACUAGUGAGAUCCUCCUGACAUCUAUUGGAUUGGAAAACGUAAACAAUUACCACGAGUUCUGCAGGCUUCUUUCCAGAUUUAGAUCAACACAUCAAUGUAAUGAAAUUACGGAGAAACCCGGCUAUGGAGAAUGGUUAGACUUGGUGGCUAAUUUUUCAGUAAAAGGGUUUCAAGCAUGGCAGUGGGCACCAAACAGCGUGCAGUACUUGCUCACUUUUUGGAGUAAAAUGCUGUCAUCAACGGGGGUGUCAAACUCUACCACGAGCCGGCUUGAGCGCAUUGCUCCUCAGUUGAUGCGGGCAUAUGUAGCAUCGCGUAUAGAUUCUGUAAAUGUAGACGGGGCUAUUGAUGACCUUCUGGACAACGAAGACGCACAGUUAACGGAAUUUGAACUUUUGGCGACUAUUGCGCGCUAUAAAUACGACGACUGUAGUACUGUCAUAAUGGAAACAUUUGACCCUAUAGCGUCAACAUAUCAGAAUCUGAUGACGCAAGCAUCAACGGGAGUUGGUAAUAGCUCCUCGUCUUCGGCUAUGGAAGUUGUGCAAACAAAGUUUGCUUGGCUGGUGUACAUGAUUGGUGGGCUUGUAGGCGGAAGACAGACUUAUAUCAGCAGCGAAGAGCAGGAUUAUAUUGACGGCGAGCUGUCCUGCAAGGUACUCCAGCUGAUGAAUGUCAAUCAGUCAUGGAACGCGCCGAACGUCGGACACUUCGGUUGCGAAAAGCUAGAAUUGUCAUUUGUAUACUUUUUCGGAACAUUCCGAAAGAGUUAUAUAGGUGAUAAUUCACACAAAGUAUCCAAGGUUUUCGGCAAGCUAUCAGAAAACUUUGCAAUUCACGAUCAGACGACGCUUCUCAACGUCAUCGUGCAAAAGCUUGCAACAAAUCUUAAGAUAUGGGCGAACAGCCCUCAAAUAAUCCUACGAAGUAUUAAUUUGCUCAACGACUUUGCAGCUGGGUAUUUAGAAGACUCUUCGCAUCACUCACGGGUUGUUGCACUUCGCGUUAACUUUUACUUGCAUUCACGUGCACGCAGCUAUAGUUCCGUGAGACUUCUCCGCAAGCUCGAAACCGUUCAGUAUAUAAUUCAAAAUCACUCCAUUAAGAGCUUUCCAUUCCUUGGAGUGCCGGAAAAUUUUAGAAAUCGAAUGAAAUAUUACGCUGCGCUGUCGAAAAUACUGUUUGCAGACGAAAAUCCGGAACUCGACUUUGACGAAUUUAUCAAGCCGUGGGACGAAACACUGCGCUCACUCGAAACUUUUAACACCUUGCGUGAAUUUAGACAACCUGUGGUGAAGGAUACUCUGAUGGGCGUACUAUAUGAUUUGCGUGGUUUCCUGUCUGCAUUGCAAGGACGCAAGCAAUUCACGUUAUUCUUCGAUUGGUUUUAUCCCAAUCAUUCCGAAGUAAUGCUACAUGCAUUGGAAGCCUGGGCUGAUGACCGCUUGGCCAUUGGCAUACUCAAAUUUUAUCUAGAGUUCGUCAACAACAAAGCACAAAGACUGAAUUUCGAGGUUUCCUCACCGAACGGUAUUCUAAUAUUUAGGGAAGCGAGUAAAGUCAUAAAUGCGUAUGGUCGACAGACCCUGGCAAGACCAUCGCUAGGCUCGGAUAAAUAUGCCGACAAAUACAAAGGCAUAACAGUGUGUUUCCUAAUGCUCACAAGAUGCUUUGGUGGGCGUUAUGUAAAUUUUGGAGUUUUCGAGCUGUAUGGUGAUAAAGCACUUGAGGUCGCCUUGUCAACAAUGUUUGAGUUGAUACUAAGCAUACCGUUCGAGGACUUAAUGAAGCCCAAGCAACAUUGGCUGCUAGUAUAUUUAUCACAAUAUCCCCACAUACUGCCCUUUAUGCUAGCAGCCAAUUUCGGGAUGGUUCUGUUCGAAGACCGUCAAAACCAAUGGUCGUUGUCAAGACCUUUGCUAGGGUUAAUACUAUUGAACAGAGAGUACUUCUUCGAGUACACGAAGCUUAUACUACAGCUGCAAUUACCGGAGAGGCGAGAAACCCUAACAAAGGCACUGACAGCACUGAUGGAAGACUUUGAAUGGAAUCUCACGUCGAAAAAUAGAGACAGGUUUACACAGAACCUAUGCCAGUUUAAGCGAGAACUAUCAACACAAAAUGUGGUUUUGGUUCAACCUCCAUCCGAUAACAAAUCGAUUAUGUAG